AUGUGUAACUUAAAAGUAGGUCCAAUUUGCUUCUUAUGUGCUGCUAUCUUUCCUAUUAUUAAUGAAUUCGACCUUAGGAGUGUAAAUGGUGGCGUAGAUUGCGCAACGUGUACUAUUGUUCUCGGUCUUGUUGAAAAACUAUCCAUUGUUUACAAUGAAAAUAUUAUUAAUUCUCUUGAGCAACUUUGUAAUGCAUUACCAACCGACUUUCCAGCCUAUGGUAAAGUUACCAUUGAGUAUUUGGAUGUUAUUAUUCUUGACGAAUUUCUCAAUAAAGAAACAUCAGAUGUUAUCUGCCACACACUAGAACUUUGUCGCGAUUGUCUUGGCCAGAAGAUAUGCUGA